UUCAGUGAGCAGAGUUUAUGCACAAGAGAAACAUCUUUCAUACUUUAAACAAGCUUACUUUCAAACCAAUUAAACGCAUGAGACAGGAAGAUGAACCAGGACUGCUAUCCACAGAAUAUGAAAUCAGUCAUUUGUUCUCUCCCACAAACCCAGAUUUCAAGGUUUAAAUCUGAAACACAAAAAGAGGAUGGCGGCACUCAUCACCUACCAUCAUCUCCAUCCAACCUUGAUUCCUAUUCUAAUCCAUUUCCCCCUCCCUCGCCAUUAAUGAAAUCUGAAACUGAUGAUUCCGAUGCAAGUGCAGAGAGCUCUCUAUCAGCUAGGACAUCAGGAAGAACUCCUGUUAUAUCAAUAUCUACAAGAUAUAAUGAACUCAAUGUACAUAAUUUCCCUGCUCCUCGCCCAUCUACCAUACAGAGUUGCAGUACGUUUUCUGUACAGUCACAUAGAAGUCAACAACCCAGUCCCAGUCCUGUUUCUCCACUAGCGUACAGUUCUACUGUUCAUCCACCCAGUCCCAGUCCUGUUUCUCCACUAGCGUACAGUUCUACUGUUCAGCCACCCAGUCCCAGUCCUGUUUCUCCACUAGCGUACAGUUCUACUGUUCAGCCACCCAGUCCCAGUCCUGUUUCUCCACUAGCGUACAGUUCUACUGUUCAGCCACCCAGUCCCAGUCCUGUUUAUACUUCACAAGCGUACAGUUCUACUGUUCAACAACCCAGUCCCAGUCAUGUUUCUCCACUAGCGUACAGUUCUACUGUUCAGCCACCCAGUCCCAGUCCUGUUUCUCCACCCAAUCAAACAAGAAACCCAAACGAUCAAAAUAUUUCAAUAUCAGGUCCCUUCUCCGAGGUUCAUCAAUCGAAUUUGAUCUUAAAAAUCCUGUCAGUUUCAGAGCUAAACCAGUCAAAUAUCCAGGAAGAUAAUUUGUUGGAUAUAUCACAUUAUCGGCCACCUACCUCCCCCUCCUCCAAUCCGAAUAUCGUCAGUGUUAUCAAACAAAAUAUUAAAACAAAUGUGACAGAGACACCUAGCGGAGAAAUUUCAAAGUAUGAUUCGGCUUCCGUACUAAAGCAGUCAAUGUCUCCACCCUGUUCUCCUUUACAGCAACUAUCUAUUGAUUCAUCAAGAUACAAAGGGUGUAUAAGAAGGGGGACAACAACCAAAGAAUUUGAAAAGGUUGUAAAAAAAGAAAUUAAAAAUGCUUUAAAAAAAGAAUGUGAAACUGAAGUUAACGAAGACGAAGGGAACUCAUCCAAGAAUGAAAAGAAGAAAGCAAGGUUUAAAGAUAGGCCGAAGUGUGUUACAUGUUCAGUUUGUGGAGACAAAGCGAUAAACCAUGUUCAUUACGGAGGUUUAUGUUGUUAUUCUUGUAAAGCUUUCUUCAGAAGAGCAGUCACGUCCAAACACCAAGACAAAAUUAGUAGAUGCCGCGGGGUUGGGCGAGAAUGUAGAUUUGAUAAGAAUAAAUAA